GUUUGUUCAUCUAAGGAUUACAUUGCAUGUUCUGCUAUUUCGCUGUUUGGGACUGAGAGGACGAAAAGAAGAUGGGGCUUUCUGACUCACAAACAUCUUUACAGUUGGAUGAGGUUUUGCUUACAUUUAUGGACCAGCUAGAGGAACUGGAGGAGAAACGAGGCAGAUUGAACUCACUCAUUGAGCAGGGAUGGUUUUCCAUGUCGCAAGCGCGUUAUUCCAUGGGCAACAAACAGGUUUCGGCUCUUCAGUAUGGGAGCGACAUGGAGCCGCUAGUCCGUGUGCAUGCAAGAACCCUGACGAAUGGUGAUACUGAGUUUCACACGGAGAGAAUUACGCGGACGUGCGAUGACAACGAAAAAGACUCCAAGCCAGUGGAAGAUAUAGGACCUAAAGAGCAAGGUGUGAGGAGAAGAACUAAAGCUAAAAAGGACGGUGCAGAAUAUGAUGUGGAUGAAAAGCCUUCGUCGAAAACGGAGAAUGCUCCUGUUGAUUUCUCAUCCAAAGCAACUAAAUCCGAGCAACAAGACCCACUGAAAUGGUUUGGGAUUCUUGUGCCCCAGUCUCUGAAACAAGCUCAGUCUUCUUUCAAACAAGGGAUCGAGCUUUCCGCAGAGAUUGCUGCUCUCCAGAGUGAAGUCCUGAGGACCAGAAGACAGUUGCAGCAACUCCUGAAAAACAAACAAAGUUUACCGGAAAAAACAGAUGCAACCACAUAAGACUAAAUGCUAUAGACUGAUUUAGAUUCCAAUCUCGUACUUUAUGGUCAAAGUUGUAAAUGUAACCUAUUAAAAUAUUUCGUGUAUAUGUAUACAUGUUUUUAGAUGAAGAUGCAUUCCGACUUUUUAGU